UCUAUGGCUGCGGAGGACGCAUAGGUAAUCCUAUUGCUAAGCCCAAAAGUGCAUCGUUUAUGUAUUUAAUACUCAACGAGAGGUGCGCCAGUGGAGGCAGAGCCAGCAUUUGUUUAGUCCAAAUCAGAGAUUGACAUCGGAUGACAUACUGUUCAACCAACAACAAUAUUAGAAUAAGGCGGCUCGAUGUAUCACAAAGAGAAGAGCAUCCAGAUAAAAAACAGCGCAUCGGCGCUGUACAACAACCUCAGCGUGUUGCGCAUCGCACCUAGGCGCCUCACUUAUUUCACAGUGGUCCAUGCCAACGUGGUGAACAUGGUCAGCGCGUCCUGGGACGGCCUCAACUAUUCCCACCGUCAGCUGCAGUCGAAGGAACCCAAUGUCGCAACAAGCACAUCACUUAUCAUGCAGGCUGCGUUCUGUGUUCUGCCCUCUCGUGAAUUGCUGGUGGUGACCUCUCAGAAGGGUAUCCAGAUGUAUGAAUCUGAUGGCUCUAUCAUGGUGUAUUGGCAUGCACUGGAUACACCUGAAACACCUGCAGCACAGGCAGUGUUUGCUCGAGGAAUAUCUGCAGUGACUGAGAAUUAUAUAUGUGUGGGUGUUUCAUCUGGUGCAAUUCUAGUAUUUGAUGUCCCCAGCAAAGGAAGUAACAUUACUCUGUCUGAGGUCCUGGAGGAACACAAUGAUUCCAUCACUGAUAUGGCCUCAGAGUGUUCAGGCAGCCAGGAAUACAUAGCUAAUCUGGUCACUGCGGAUGAUGGAGGCAAUCUGUGUGUGUGGAAGUCUGGGGAGGAAUUUCAGCUUCUCAACAAGAUCCCUGGUUUUGACAUGAGUUGCUCAUCUGUCAAGUUGUGGAAAGGUACAGUGGUAGCAGGUUAUGGCACGGGUCAGAUCCGUCUUUAUGAGGCAGUGACGGGAAUUCUGCAUGCGGAGGUCAACGCUCAUGCUCGCUGGAUAUACUCACUGGACAUAGCUCCCUUUUCUGGACUGCUCUUGUCUGCUGCUGAGGACUCUUUUGUCAGGGUGUGGCACCUGACUAUGACCCCAGAGACCAACACUGUUGAGGUUUCCCAUUUGCAUAACGAGUGUGUGACAGAUAUGCAGAUUUGUGGCGCAAAGUUUUGUGAUGGCGAUGGUUAUGCCUUUGCAGUGACGGGCUAUGACCUGAGUGAGAUUAUUCGCUAUGUACAGUCAUAGAUUUUUGCAGUCAUCAGGUUAAGUGUAUGAAUGUGAAUUUGGUAUAAAUUUUUAUAUAUAAUAGAAAUCAUUUCACUGCAUUUCUCCUUUUAUUGCUAUAAACAUUAGAUGGAGAUUACCAUGUAACAAAUUAAAGCAGGAUAUUUAAGGUUGUACAAAUUUUAUGUACAGAUUUUUGUGAUUUAGCUUAAACAAAUGAUUUUGUCAGACAUAAUUAAUUGUUGUAAAAUAAUGCACCAGUAAAGAUUUCAUAAAGA